AUGUUAUUGAUAUGUCCAAGUAGUAAAGCUAAAGUGCCAGAUAAUUUCUCGAAGCCUUUAACAGAGGUCAUCCCCGAAAAUGGUGAAAGACCAAAAAAGAAAAGGAAGAAGAGGGUGGAGGAGAAGACAUGUGAGGUUGUCAGCACUAACCCUGAUAAUGUUGUCAAAGAGGAUAAAGGCCAGCAGGAUGAGUCAAAGGGUGACAUGUGCCAAGAUCUGCCAGUGAGAAGUGAACAAAAUCAGAAGUCAGCCAGGAUGGGUGAGAGUUCUGGCCAUGAUUCAGAUAGAUUUGUUGAUGGUCAAUCUGAUGAGAAGAAAGUUAAAAAGAAGAAAAAAAGUAAAACCCAAGCACAUGGGGAAGCUGUGAACACAGAUGACCUUCCCAGUGGAUUGAGUAUUGAGGAGUUAGAAUCGGGAAAACCAGAUGGGAAAAUUGCUACUUCAGGGAAAAAGGCACGUCUAUUUGAAUCCAUCAGCGUUCACUAUGUUGGCAAGUUUGAAAGAGAAUGGAAGAGUAUUGACUCAACUGUUGGCAGUGCUCCUUCCAAGUUUCGCUUAGGUCAGGGAAAAGUUAUAGACGGCUGGGAUGUUGGUCUUGAUGGUAUGCAAGUUGGCGAGAAAAGAAGACUUGUUAUCCCACCAUCAAUGGGCUUUGGGAGCAAUGGAGACGGUAAAGACGUGCCACCAAACUCAUGGCUGGUAUACGAUGUUGAAUUACUGAAAGUUCGUUGA